AACAUCAGAAAUGACAGACAAAGAUUUAUUCGAUCAACUUCAAAAAAAUGGAACUGCUUGUAAAGAAGGAACAUGUAGAGAGACCGACUUAAUUUGUGAAUGCUUUCUGACUGUAGACCAUAAACUUAGUAUGAUUUACAAAGGACCCAAUUCAACACAGGCAAUACUGUUAAAGCCAUUAAAUGGAAGGGCUGUUAACUAUCAUACUGGGCAGACAUACGAUCAACAAAAAGAAGACACAUUUGUUUUAGCUGAUGGAAAUCACUCGAAAAUCGUUAUAUUAUUAAAUGGACGAUUUCCUGGACCUGCAAUCACUGCGUAUGAAUAUCAAGAUAUAAUUGUACACGUUCGUAACUUGUUGCAUACGGAUGCUGUAACCAUUCACUGGCAUGGUAUGCAACAGAAAAAUACACCUUGGUCAGAUGGGGUAGCCUUCGUUUCGCAAUGUCCUAUACUCCCAGGACAAAAUUUCACAUACCAGUUUAAAGGAAAACCAUUUGGGACCAGUUUUUACCAUGCCCAUAUCGGGGAUCAAAGGACAAUGGGUCUGUAUGGACCGCUGAUUAUUCUUCCAAUGCGUGGUCAAAAUAUUUCUCAGCCCCAAGAAGGAAGCAAUGUAUUUGUUGUAGCUAUACAAGACUGGAAUCAUAACGACGAUGCUGAUGUUCUGUACCAGAAAAUGCUGGUAGGUGAUUACGACAUGAACACAGGACGUCUAUAUAACACAACGUCAGACUUAUCUGGUGCCAUGUACAGUAGAUUUCAAUUCCAUUCCGGUCUUAUCAAUGGUCGAGGGCGUUUUUAUCUUACAAACAACCAAACCAAUGGCUCUCCACUUACAAGAUUUGUAGUACAAAGUAAUCAGACUUAUAGAUUCCGAGUAAUUAGUGCAGCUACUCUAUAUCCAUUUCGGGUUUUUGUACAGCAACACCAAUCAAUAUAUAUAGUAGCAUCAGAUGGUUUUGAAAUAGAAAAGGAACCAGUUGAAUCCUUCAUAAUCCAUCCUGGUGAAAGGAUCGAUUUUUUAAUGGUUGCUAACCAAACUCCAGGAACGUACUUACUAGUUGCCGAAACAUUAGAAGUUGAAGCCAAACAAAGAAAUCAAUAUCAUGUUGCCGAAGCAAUUAUCUUUUAUAACAGUUCGCAAAACAAAAUAAAUCUAAAUCCAGCAAAGGCCAAAGAGGAAGUCUGUUUAACAACGUGAACAGUUUUUAAUUGUCCAUUUGC